AUGAAAAUCGCGGAUAUAUCGUCAACCAACGCCAGCCGCACGCUGUUCCGAAACUUUAAUUACAAGUCCGACAUAGAAUAUGUGGUGAAAGUCGCCAAAAUCUUGUUAACGCCCGUUGGUGUCUGGCCCCUUUACAGUAUCGAUUCCACGUUUGAUAAGAUGAAGUACGUUUUCCAGACAAGCUUCAUGUUCAGUUUAAUGUGCUUUCUACUCGUUCCGCAUAUCAUAUAUACUUUUUUCGAUGCGGAGGAUUUGACGAGAUACAUGAAGGUGAUAGCUGCCCAGGUAUUCAGUCUUCUGGGUAUCAUCAAGUUCUGGACGAUGAUCAUCAACAGAGAUGACAUCAAGUAUUGUCUACAGCAAAUAGAAACUCAGUUCAAAGAUGUGGAGAGUGAGGACGAUCGAUCGGUGAUGAUGAGACAUGCCAAACUCGGGAGACAGUUCACGAUCAUCUACCUGGGAUUACUGUAUGGCGGUGCGUUGCCUUACCACAUAAUUAUGCCGUUGGUGGCGGAUAGAAUUGUCAAAGAGGAUAAUACGACGCAGUUGCCUUUGCCAUAUCUCAGUGACUACGUCUUCUUCGUGGUGGAGAACUCGCCCUUUUACGAAGUCCUCUUCGUCACACAAAUCCUCUUCAGCACUAUCAUCUUAUCAACAAACUGUGGCGUUUAUAGCUUGAUCGCUUCCUCCGUGAUGCAUGCCUGCUGUCUAUUCGAGAUAAGCCGCAGACACAUGGAAACUUUUUUGAUCGACGAAACUGACGAUCUUCAUAAACGAUUUGGUCAGAUAAUCGUACAUCAUACGCGAGCUCUCAGAUUUGCUGAAAUGAUUGAAAAAUCAUACAACUUUGUCUUUUUAUCCGAUAUGGUUGGAUGUACUAUUAUAAUAUGCUUUCUUGAAUAUGGCGUUCUUAAGGAAUGGGAGGACAAUCAACUAUUAGGUACAAUUAUAUAUUUUAUUUUAGUGAUUUCAAUUUUGGUAAACGUUUUUACCAUAUCAUCUAUCGGCGAUCGUCUUAAAGAAGAGAGCGUAAAAAUAGGAGAGGCGUCGUAUUUUAUCAACUGGUAUGCGUUACCAGCGAAGAAGGUGAACGGUUUAGUCAUGGUGAUGAUGAGAUCAAAUCGUCCGUCCACAUUGACAGCUGGUAAAAUAUUUGAUGUCUCUCUUCAAGGUUUUUGCGAUGUAUGCAAAACAUCAGCGGCGUAUCUUAAUUUUAUUCGAAUGGUUGCAGAAUCGUGCAUCGAUCGUGUUGUUAAAGACUGGCUUAACGUAGCAAUAAUUGAAGAUCGCAAAAUCAUGUUAGCAAACGCCAAAUCGGGACGCUUCUUUGGCAUGAUCUCCGUGGUGUUUAUGUUCGGCAGCGGUCUACCUUAUACCUGUAUGCCUUUAAUGUUGCCAUCCGUCGUUACAGAAGACAAUGUGACAAUUAGAUCGCUGCCCAAUCCCUCUGAGCUAAUCUUCUUGGACGUCCAGGUCAGUCCAAUUUACGAAGUCGUAUAUGCAUUGGAAACAUUGUCAUGUUGUGUUUUGUAUACCGUAUUUUGCGGCAUUUGUAGUUUAACAGCUAAAUUCACUACUCACGCCUGCGGUCAGUGCGAAAUCCUGAUGUAUAUUUUCGAAGAGAUAAUCGAUGGUGGCGAUCGAAAUCGGGGCCCUAUCGACCAAAGGAUUAGAACCGCUGUAACACAACAUCUUCGAAUACUCAGAUUCGUUUCUGAUGUAGAUAAGAUAUUGAACGAGAUAUGUUUAGCGGAAUUUAUAAAUGCUUCGUGUAAUAUAUGUUUACUUGGUUAUUAUGUUAUUAUGGAUUGGAACAAUCAAGAAUCGAUGCUACAAAUUUUCGUGUAUUUCCUUGCCUUCAUAUCCAUCACUUUUAACAUAUACAUAUUUUGCUAUAUCGGCGAACAGCUUAUGGAUCGAUACCAGAAAAUAGGUAUUAAAUGUUACAUGAUAGAAUGGUAUCGUUUACCACAUAAUAAGGCGCGUAAUUUAAUGUUCCCGAUGAUUAUGUCGAAUUAUCCAAUUGAGCUUACUGCCGGAAAAAUGAUGACAAUAACUAUAAGCAGUUUUUCUAACAUUUUGAAAACGUCGAUGGCGUACAUUAAUUUACUUCGCGAGGUUGUCUCGCGGGAUAAUAUAUAA